AAUACAGUUAAGCCACAAAAUGUUUACGGAAUAAAAGUGAAUAAUGAUGAUGCAGUAUUUGUACCAAAGUUAAAAAUUAAGCAUAAUAGUCUUCCAUUAACGGCGUCCAAUUUGCGGGUAAUUGAUGAAGAUACAGAAAUUCUUGGUAUCUAUGAUCAAGAUUCCUUCGGUCACCCUUAUCAAUUUGAAAUUUCUCAUUUGAAAAUUCCUGAUCGGCAAUUAAAAAGUGGGGUCAUUCGAGAACCGCUGGCACUUUCAAAAACAGAUUUAAUCCUCAUUGAUACGAAAGAAAAGCUAGAAACGCUGCGCGAUACUCUAUGUUCUGUUGAAGAAUUUGCUGUUGAUCUCGAGCAUAAUUCAUAUCGGUCUUUUCUCGGAUUGACAUGUUUAAUUCAAAUCUCAACGAGAAAAAAUGACUAUAUAAUUGAUCCUUUUCCAAUUUGGAACGAGGUUUUGUUUUCAUUUGAUUCAUUUUUAAAUCAUAGAAAUUUCCAGGUUUUUCAUGGUCCAGAGUUAGAUGUUUUAUGGUUACAACGAGAUUUUGGUAUUUACGUUGUGAAUAUGUUUGAUACGCAUUCUGCAAUGAAAGCUUUAAAUUAUCCGCGAUUUUCUCUCCAAUUUCUCAUUGAAAGUCAUUUCGAUGUUAAUAUCGAUAAGCAGUUGCAAAAAUCUGAUUGGACUAUGAGGCCAUUGUCUGAUGCACAUAUAGAGUAUGCUCGUAAAGACACACAUUAUUUGCUAUCCUGUUACGAUUAUUUGCGUGAAAGCUUGAUAAAUUUGGAGCACGAAAUGCCUGGAAUUUUGCAAAAGACUUAUGAGGACUCUAAAAACAUAUGUCUUUUGUCAUACAGUAAGCCAAAAUUUCAACGUACUGGCUUCGAAAAAUUACUUCAAGGUCGGAAAUCUAUUAACAAUAAACAACGUUAUGCUCUGAGUGCUUUGUGGCAAUGGCGGGAUACACUUGCAAGAUUGGAAGAUGAAAGUCAUCAUUAUAUUUUGCCAAAUCAUAUGUUGCUUCAAAUCGCUGAGAUAUUGCCUCGAGAACAACAGGGUAUUCUAGCUUGCUGUAGUCCUAUACCAAAACUUCUAAAGCAAGAACUUCAUACUGUUCAUCGAAUAAUUAGUGCAGCCCGCGAUCUACCUCUGAAAAAGGAGGAAACAUACGAUGUCUCAAAUUACAUAUCAGUUACUUUCGAGAAAUUUAUGUCUAAUCUCAAUAAGAUGACCAAAUUGAAAGCUCUCUUAGGUGAAAUUCAUGAAAUUGGAAUGCCUUCGUCUUAUGAUAAUGUGACUAUGUGUUUGAUUAAUAAAAAACUUGAUGAAUGGGCAUCACCAUUCGAAAGUUAUUUACUUUCUUUAAAGGAGGAUUUGAAGAAUAUAGUAAGCUUUAUUAUUUUAAUUUUUUCUGCAUCAUUCAUCAUUUUUGAUAGUUGA